AUGCCAAGUCGCGCUGCAGGGACCGACCUCUACGAAAGGGAUACCUACCACCGCGACCGCUGCGACCGCCAUAGUAAAUACGAUCAUAUCUUCGAGGAGGACAUCGAGAAACGUAAGCACCGUCGGCGGCCCCUCGCUCCUGAUCCCCCUGAUGUUCGAGAUAUAGAGAGGAUUCGUGAACGGCGUCAUUUGCCAGAAGUAAUCCUUCGAGAAUCACACAGGCGUAGCUCCAGUGCUGGUCCACUGGCCAGGCGGCCACAGGUCAGAGAUGAUGAUUAUGAGUUUGAGUACGAGCAUGAACAUGAACAUGAACGCGGCAGGGCUGGGAUUUAUCCAUCCCAUCUACAACGAUCGAGAGUAGUAGAGAGACAAUUCUCUCCCGCGCUACCACCUAGAGAGGUUAAGCGUGAUGAAUUGUUAGUGAGGAGGAGGGAGCGAUCUAAGCCAUCACGCCGUGUGGUAAAUUUUGAAACAGAUGAGCAUGUUGUCAGGAGAGAGAGCGAUUUUUGGUCUGAUAAGCAAUCUGACAAGAGAUAUGAUCGGGAAUGGGAAAGGAAAAGAGGUGAGAGUGAACACGAUUAUCUCGGGGGUUCAUAUGUGAGGGAAAGACCAAACGCACGAGGAGAUAGAGAGGAGAUUAUCGUUCGCAGGGAUGAGCGGGAACGGAGUCCUGGUUGCGGGAAGGAUGAGAUUAAGAGAGACGAAGUUAUCAUUAGGAGAAGGGAACAAAGUUCGUCUUCUUCUUCUUCUUCGGAGUCUUCUUUCAAUAGUCCCCUUGAACCGCCUCCUAUUCGAGCCCCUCCUAUUCACCAGGAUGUAAUUACUCAUCAUCGACAUGUUGAUCACGUUAACGGUUUCUCAGGAUACGAGAUUGUUCAUCCACUCCCACCUCCUUCAGAGACAAGCUCACGGCAUGCUGAUGAUGAAAUUGAAAUUCGGAGGACGCGGGAACGCAACGGUCGUAGAUACGAUAAUCAAAUCAUCAUCGACCGUGAAUCUAGUCGUCGAAAGGAGGGAGCAAAAUUCGUUCAUUCGCUUUCUCCACCCCGACGACGGGCGAGUCCCAGUCACUACAAGGAUAGAGAUGAAUCAGAACGAAUCGUCUCACAUAGGUCAUCUAGUGGUCGUGGUCUGGACAGAACACGGCAUCAUGAUCUCGUGGUAAUGCACGAGCGGGAAAGUGGCAUCCAAGAUCGUCGAGAAGCUGCUAAUAUCCGCGAGGAAGCGGAAUACUACAAUCGUCUUGCUAACAAAAACAGUCAUAUUGGCGAAGCGUACAAUGGUGCAACGAAAGAUUGGUCGAUUAUAGAUGUUCCACCCGGGACUAAACGAGUGGAGAUGGAGGGUGUCGGCGGCGCCAGCCAGGAGAUUACUUGGCAGCGUUAUAACGGCGUUCGUCGAUCAAAGUUCCUCCUGGACGGGGAUGAAUAUAUCUCAGAUAGAGGUCCUGUUCGAAACGGCGGCCGGAUAGGGAAACGUUACGUGGGAGUGAAGGAUAAACAGGACGGGCUUUGGACGGAGAUUACCAAAGAUCUCGUUGUCAAGGAAGCAAUCGAAAGGCUUGGGUAUUCUUACGAGGAAACGCAACACUUUUAUUAUAUUUUCGCCUAUUUGAAAUAUGACGACGUCGAGCACCUCGUAGCCGUCUCGGAAGACUACCGUAAGGCGCGCCGCAUGCGAGUCCGAGAAAUCGAACGCGAACGGGCAUGGAUCAUGACACCUCCUCCCCUGCCUCUUCCAGUCCCCGCGCCACCGGUUGAGACUCUGCUGAUUGAGAGGCCAGAAUAUGAGGAGGAAAGGAUCAUUGAACAUGAGAUAUUUGUUAAUGAGGACAAGGUUCUCCCUCCGCUGAGGGUGCGGAGAUGGUGA